CUCCUCUUGAGCAUCGAGUGAAGAGAAGUGAAGUGAACUCAAAUGAUUAAUGGGUACCACGGCUCUUAAACUUGAAUCUCUCUCCUUAGAUCCGUCGCAAUUCUCUUGCCGCAUGAUUGGAAGAUUCUCGGAACUGGAUCUCUUCCACGUGGUGCGUGAUGCUCGCACAGCAGAACGAGUCCACUCUGCGGAGAGGGACCAAGAGCUGCACUGAGUGCAGGAGGCGAAAAGUCCGUUGCGUUCGUAUCCCUGAGGAUGCGCCAACCUGUCGGCAAUGUACGGAGCGAAAGACCGACUGUCUUGCGCAAACAUCAUCGGUGUCCCGUCGCCAGCGGCAGACGCAUCGGCUACCGUCGCGAUAUCGUAUUUCGCAGUUAGAGUCCCAGGUGAGCCGGCUGACCAAGAUUGUCACCAACAUCGAAGCCAAACUCGGAGGCAAGCUUUCUCUCGGCCUCGACUCAACCCCAAGCCAGGGCCCUGGCUCGGAUGACUCCGAUGGGGAAUCUAGUGCGUCGGAAAUCCUGAACGCGGAAGGACCAUCGCAUCUGCGGUCUCUGUUUCAGAAUGACUGGCUGAGUGUCGACACGCGUCGACAUGAUGAACAGCUACAGGAACGCCGGGUUAAAGCCUCCGCUCAUCUAUUGGAGAUUGCGCGACCAGCGCUGCAGAAGCUGAUUCCUUCAAAGGAGGACACCUCUGAUAUGACCGUAUACAAUUACGAUUGGCUUAAUAUGCUCCACAUGAUGAUUCCACAACCAUUCGCAGCCAAGUCACAGCAAGAAAUGCUGAAGCAUUACGAGGAGAUGUGCCAACCAGAUGUGGACGUGAUCAGUCUGGCUUCCUGGCUUUUGACAGUAGCCAUAACCGCUCAACAGUUUCCCAGAUCCAGCGGUAAUAUAGAAUCUCCGCCUCUGAGCUCGCAGAAGCGACUCGAUUUUUCCCGUGCCGUCUCAGAUACCGUAGAGAAUCUAAUUUUAACCCAUGACCGACUCGUCGGUACCGUUCAAGGGCUAGGGAUGGCCAUACACUUUAUUCGGCUGCAAAUGGGCCGUGGAAAUUUUCAACAGGCGUGGAUUAAGCUGCGCCAUGUUAUUGCGAUCGCGGAGCUAAUGGGACUUCCGAAGACAUCGCAACAGUUUCCCACAAGAAAGAACAACGGGUCAGAGGAUGAUAGACCGUUGUCCCAUAAACUGCAGUUAUGGGAACUAAUUUGCAAUAUAGAUAGACUUCUGGGGAUGGUUAUUAAUUUACCUCCAGGAACCAGGCGAUAUAGGAUUGGGAAGUCUCCACCUCUAAUGGUCAACGGCGUUGUACAACCCCGGGUCUACGUGAGCAGACUGAUGGAUGCGGCGUUCAAGAUUCAUGACCUGGAAGACUUGAAUGCGGUGCAAGGUCCAACCCCAAAGAUAUACACUUCUGCCCUGGAGAUCACUCGUGAGGUUAGGGAGCUUGCAUCUCACACGCCCAAAUCUUGGUGGGCUAUCGGUGGUGAAUUGCAGCCCGACCAUAUUGUUCAACUCCUCCAUUACUGUGUUAUCAUGAGGGCUCACCUUCCGCUCGCCCUACGGCAGGAUCAAAGCGAAGAAUAUCUCUACAGUCGGUUGGCCUGCAUGGACGCUUGUGAGUCUGUUGCACAGCGAUAUCAAUUCGUCCGACAAAGACUCCCACCGGGGCUAUUUACAUCACGACUUCUGGAUCUUCAGGCAUUUACCGCCACCGUCGUCCUGCUGUUGACAUCUAACGCCUGUCCAUCAGUGGACCGCCGCAGCUUCCAAAUUGACAAGGCUCGUCUCGAGGGGAUCGUGUCAGAGGUGAUCAAACUUAUGAGUGAACGAUCAAAAGACACGUGUGGCUCUGACUUUGCAGAACGUGGGGUCCAUACCCUUUGCGCUCUGAAAGAACUCCUCCAGCAAGAUGAGAGUGCUGCACAUGUCCAGGAACUGACGUUGAAUGUUCCCCUUCUUGGAAAGGUUCAUAUUUGUCGCAACCCCCUUACAUCGCGAUUGCCUAGACCACAUAACCAAUCUUCUUCUGAAGUUCUCUCGCACCCAUACGCUCGGAACCCAGGAGAUCAGGUUGUGCCUGCAAUACGUGAUGACCCCUCUUUGUUGAUCCAAAACGAUCCCCCGGGCGAUGCCACACAACCGAGCUCCUUCUUUCAAUGGGACCAGCUCUCCUGGUUUAUUGAAGAUACCAAUGAGAAUCUAUUGGACGAUGCUACCAUGACCGAGACGUUGGAUCAAGGGGUCAUGUGGCAAAACGCCUUCUACAACACGCCUUUUAGCUGAAUAGUAAACGUGAGAGAAUACCUUUACCUCACCGGGAAGACGCGUAACCAGAUGAUGCACCCUACGUGGCCACCAACAGAUAUCGCGCUUCAUAUGCGGGAGAAGUUGCGGAAUCUUUACCUGCUUGAUGAGUUCGGUGAGGCUCUUGAGCCCUCAACACGCACUG